AUGGAUGGCCGGACGUCGCCGCGAUUAGAGGAGCCGAUAAACAGAAACGAUAAGAGAAACGCUGUUCCGAAGAUGAUGCAAAAUGGCGAUGUAAGAGGUGAUGGUAGAUUCAAGAUUCACCGUAUUCCUUUGUGUCGUACAGCUCGUUGCAUUGUAUCCCAUGUCACCUCGCCAAGCUGUAUAUGGGUGAAGCCCGUGAACCAUAUUACGGAAAAACUACAGAUCCGAGAUUUAAAUACAUUAACCCCAGCUCCGGUGGCACAUGAAAAUCGUUAUGUGAUGGCACCGCUAGAGGAGGGUGUUUACGCUCGAGCUCGAAUUUGUGAAGUUGAUCAGCGGACAAAAUUUGUGAAAGUAUUGUUCAUUGACGAAGGGAUCAGUGCUUGGAUGAAUUCUACUUGCCUUGCCAAAAUGGACGAAAUAUUAUCUUUCCAUCCUUGGCAAGCAAUUCCUGUUGCACUGUUUAAGGUAAAGCCAUAUCAGGACAUCCUCAAUGAUAACGUACAAUUGAAAUGGUCGAAGGAGGAUACAGCGGCUUUGCGAGGAAUUCUUAAAAAAUUUGAACUUGUUCGUGUAGAGGCAAUCCUUAACAGUGUCCCCAGCAAUGACUAUCGCGAUUUUGUAAAAGUUAAUAUGUAUGGCAUGGAAUCGGAGUCGGACGAAAUGGGUACUUCAAUCACUCAUUUGUUUGCUCGUGAACGUUUCGAUCAAGUUGAUUUUGAACGAAAUUUGUUUGAUGGAAUCACACAAAAAAUAUUUGAAAAUUUCCAUAAGGAAGUCCUUACUGUCGAGACUUUGGAAACAUGGCGACUCAAUUUUCCAAGUGAAAAUGAAACUGAAGCUAUAGUGGAACAGCCCAUCUUGAAUGAAGCGACAGUUGAUAGUGCACAGAUUCCAGUAGCAGACGUUAGUUGGUUAAAUGAGGAAGGAUACUGCCACAAGGGAGAAUAUUUGGUCAACAUUGAGGGAAGGAACACUGUUUCGCCCUACGAGUUUUACGCUCGUCCGCUAAAAAUGACAAGGUUAAAGGAAGCAUCACAAAGGAACACAGGAAUAGAAGAAUAUGAAGAUAAUAAUGCAGCGGAUGGUGAAGAAGACGCAAUGAUUGCGGCAAAUGAUGAACUUGCCAAUUUUGCUGAGGAGCUAAACUCAUUCUAUGGCCAUCCCAAAAAUAGAAAGCUUAUUAAUUCAUCCAAUGUAGUUAUUGCUUUGGAGAAGGGAAAACGUGUGUAUGGCAUUGUGGAAGUAGACGAUGAAUUUGCUCAAUUUACUGGCUGUUGGCAGAGAAUUGAAAUAUUAGGCAUCAAGGAUGGUUAUUAUUCCGAAAGUUUCUUUUGUCGCUUACGAUUUCUUGAUUCUGGUGGAACUGAUGUCCGUUUAUUGUCCAGUAUCCUUGAAAUAGAUCCAAUGCACUGUGUUCGGCCACCUUUCUGCUUGCAAAUGUGCAUGCAUGGGCUGAAACCGGUGGAUCAUUCGAAUUGGUCCGAAAAAGCAAAGCAGUUUUUUUAUAGUGAACUCCGUGAAGACGUUCCAGUUGCUUUGAAUAUUGUGGGUUGUAACAAAAAGAGUGGGAGCCGGCAUUUGUAUGACUGUCAUCCAUUUCAAAGACCAGAUGUACUGUUUGUGAAUUUCAUUCAGGUGCGUGAUGGUUCUAUUACAACACUGGAUGCGCGGCUUCAAAAAGAAGGACAUGCAGUAAUUGCCGACCAUAGUCCAAUAAAAUUAACGGAAUAA